CUGGAAUGGUCACAUAUCGCGCUCUUGGUCUGGCUUUUGCAAAGAGGAAUAGCCUACUAUGAAGGUUUGGAAAGAAGAGGGGAAUUCUGUCUGGCUAAGGGAUCGUUAUUCCGAUAUCUUGUCAGCUUGAAUUAGUUUCAUUUGUUUAGUCAGAUUACAGACUAGUUGAACGAGUCGCCUACGCGCCACAGUCACGUUCAGUGGUUGGUUUAUUGUAGCCUGUAGUACUGUAUCAUGCGUAAAUAAGAAGCGUGAGAGACACAAGUCUUUUAUCAUGGACACGAUUGGAGUAUCUUUUUUGGACCCGUUAGAUGAUUAUGAAUUAAUUCAUCGUAUUGGGUGUGGCACGUACGGAGAUGUGUUCAAGGCUCGUAACAUCAGGACCAGUGAAAUGACUGCCAUCAAAAUCGUGAAGCUAGACCCUGGCGAUGACAUCACAUCGAUCCAGCAAGAGAUCACCAUGAUGAAGGAAUGCAAGCACAAGAACAUUGUGGCCUAUUUUGGCAGCUAUCACAGAAAUACCAAGUUGUGGAUAUGUAUGGAGUACUGUGGAGGUGGAUCCCUCCAAGACAUCUACCAUGUGACCGGCCCACUGAAGGAGAAACAGAUAGCCUACGUCUGCAGAGAAACCCUCCAGGGCUUGUAUCAUCUCCAUGAGACAAGUAAAAUGCAUAGAGACAUAAAGGGAGCUAACAUACUUCUCACUGAACGUGGAGACGUCAAACUGGCGGAUUUUGGAGUGGCAGCAGAGAUCAGUGCUUCAGUGGCCAAGAGGAAGUCUUUCAUAGGAACUCCCUACUGGAUGGCCCCAGAGGUGGCGGCGGUAGAGAAGAAGGGAGGGUACAACCAUCUGUGUGACAUCUGGGCCGUGGGCAUCACAGCCAUGGAGCUGGCCGAGCUGCAGCCGCCCAUGUUUGACCUUCACCCCAUGCGAGCCCUGAUGUUGAUGUCUAAAAGCAGCUUUCAGCCUCCCAGGCUCAAGGACAAGACAAAGUGGUCUGCGGGAUUCCAGAGCUUCGUGAAGAUGGCUCUCAUUAAGAACCCUCGCAAGAGGCCUUCAGCAGAGACUCUACUCCAGCAUCCGUUUGUGACCCAGCUGUUGACACGUAACCUGGCGAUAGAGCUGCUGGACAUGGCCAACAACCCCGACCUUCACUCCUCUCAAAGCAUGGUGGACAGCGAGCUGGAGAUAGGGGACGCCACCCCGGACAAGAUCCAGUCAGCUGGGAAACACUUGCCAGUGGAGAGGACCCUCUCUGAAGAGCAGUUUGACCAAGUGAAGUUUGGUCCUCCGUUAAGGAAAGUCACAGAGCCCUACCCGGAGAUGCAGAGUUCCUACGACGACGACUGGAGCCUCUCAGGAGACGAAGAUGAAUCCCCGAGCCUGUUGGAAUGUGUGGAGCAAGCUCUCCAGCUGAGGAGUUUAACCAUCAAAAGAGCGCCAUCUAUUGAUGGCGGGAAAGGAGGAAGAAAGAGUGGUCUGUUCAGCCCCACCACCGCCUCGCUGCCCGUGUUUGGCUCUUUCCCUCCCAACAUGGAGGACAAGGACCUGACCCUUCGACCUAGCGCCACCCUGGGUGCCGACUCCACCCUCACCCCAGACUCCUCCUCAGGCCUGGCCAGGUGUUCAGCCACUCAGGACAUCCGGCAGUGGUGCAGCGACCCCUGUGUCCCUGAGGGGGACGGCUCACUGGCUGAGAAGAAGUCUGGGGGCGUGGCCCCUCCCAAGAGGGACACGCCCCUCUCACCUGAGUGGAGCACCCUGAGGAAGAAGAGGGAGGAGUUUAGAGCUGAUUGUCAUGGACUCCCUCCUACCCCUCAAGUCCAUAUGGGAGCCUGCUUCUCCAAAGUCUUUAACGGGUGUCCCCUUAAGAUCCACUGUGCUGUCGCCUGGAUACUGCCUAAGACAAGAGAUCAGUAUCUCAUUCUGGGGGCAGAGGAAGGAGUUUAUACUCUCAACCUCAACGAGCUUCAUGAGGACACUCUGGAGAAGUUGCUCCCUCAAAGAUGCACCUGGCUUUAUGUCAUGAAUAACGUCUUGAUGUCUGUAUCAGGAAAGUCGUCCCAGCUGUACUCUCACAGUCUACCAGCUUUGUUUGAGCAAAGAGGCCACCUGCAGAAGAAACACCUGUCCCUGGGCACCAACCGCCUCACUGACAGGAUCAAUCCCAGAAAGUAUGCUGUAUUUGGGAAGAUACCAGACACUAAAGGCUGUCGAAGGUGCAGUGUGGCACGGAACCCAUACACAGACAGCACGUUUCUGUGUGGGGCUGUGCCAUCAGGAUUGGUCCUACUGUUGUGGUAUGAGCCCCUUCAGAAGUUCAUGCAGCUCAAGCAUAUAGCAAUUAGCCUCCCAGAAUCCCUUCCUAUCUUUGAACUCCUGGUCAUAGUGACAGAUGAGUUUCCACAGCUGUGCGUAGGGGUAAGAGACUGUACCAUCGGCAAGGGGGAGUCGGUAACAAACCAGAAGCUGAAGUUUGAAAUUGUAGAGUUGAACGGCACACCUAACUCUCCUCCAGACCAUGGGCCUGUUGGAGCAGUGCAAGUUACGCAGCUAGACAGAGAUACAGUCCUCAUUGCAUUAGAAAAAACUGUGAAAAUUGUCAACCUACAAGGGCUUCCAUCGAAGGAGUUGGCUUCUGAAAUGUUCUUUGACUUCCCAAUUGAAACACUUGUUUGUUUACAGGAUAGUGUUCUCGCCUUCUGGAAACAUGGUCUCAAAGGGCGUAGUCUUCCUUCAAAUGAGGUCACGCAGGAGAUCACAGAUGAAACACGCGUGUUUCGGGUCUUGGGGACAAACAGAGAUAUUGUCCUACAGAGUACCCCAACAGACGACCCCUUGGCCUUGAGCAACCUGUAUAUCCUGACUGGCCACGAAAGCAGUUACUGAAAACAAGAAGAUGGAAAAA